AUGCGCCGCUCCCGCCCGCUCGCCCUCUGGGGCUGGCUGCUCUGGGGGCUCUGGGCGCUGCCAGGGUCAGCAGCARAUCCCGACGAGCCACCCCACGUCCCGCUGCCCAGAGGAGGUGUGGACGGCUCCUCUGCCAGCGGCUCGGCAGAGCAGGCCUCGGCAGAGCCCAACAGCAUCGUCCCGGGGGCUGAAGGCAGCGCCGGUGCCAGGCUGCCUGCAGACGAGUCCCCCACCGAGGCCAGACCAGGAGUAUGCGAGGCAGCAGUGAGCCAGCCUGCUCCGCACCAGCCCUCUGCCUCCCGCUGGACCGGCUCUGGAGACGGCCAGGGAUCGAGUAAUGYCAUCCCUGUAGCAGGUAACGCCAGCCCAGAGCCGGUGACAGGUACAUCCCUGCCCACGGGGAGCAUUGCUGGUGCUCCUGCAGGUAGGACCAUCUUGUCUCUGCUUGCAGGUGACGUGGUGGUGCAGACUGCAGGAGCACUGGUCCCAGCUGGAAGCAGCAAGGCGCUUCCCAGUACAGCGGAUGCCUUUGGGGUCACCAAGGGUUUGGCAGCAUGGGACAGCCCCCAGGCAAGGGCAGGGGUCUCCUCCAACAGCCCUGUUGGCCACCUGACCAAUAUCCCUGCAGCUCCUGGCGCCACUGGGCAUGCGCAGCYUCUGUCCCCUGCCCCAGCAGGGCACAUGCCAGCUCUCACUGUGGAGAGCAGCGGUGCUGAGCUGGCCACAGCCACGUCACCAAUGUCACCUGUGGGUCUAGGCAUCCCCACCAAAGAGGGGAUGGACAACCCGCCAUCGUCGAACACUGCCAGUGCUCUUGAGCAGGCCCUGGAGGUGUCUACAGCAGCUCUGGAGAGCAAGCCUGGAGAAGGGGCCCUGGGGACAACUGUCCAUGUGUUUGAAGGAAUCACAGUGGAAGGUGCUACAGGCCUACUGAGAGAGACCAUCCCAAAAAGAGGUGGAGACACGUCCCUGCCCAGUGCACAACCCCGCACUGAUCAACCACUGCUGGGGGCAAAAGCCUCUUCCCUGGUCCCUGGCAAAGCCUCCAGUGCCAAUGGGCUGCUCCAGCUGGAUGAUAUUAUCACUGUGGAAGGGACGCUGGGGACAACACCAUCCACAAGGCUGUCUCAUAUCAAACAAGACCUGGAGAUGUCACCAUCUGCUGUUAACAAGGAAGCUGUGGUGCCCCAUGCAGCUGCUGGGCUCCCGUCCCAGGUGGUCCCGUUGGAGCUGGACAAGGGCACCUCCUCGGCCACCACAGGGGCUGGUGUCUCCCUUGCCUCCCCUCUGCCCCCAGGCAGCCCCAUGGGGCUGACCGCAGGCCCAGAGAGCGGUGCUGCUGUUCCCGCAACGCCAGCACCCCUCGUGCCGUCGCCUCACCCAGCGGCAGCAGGAGCAGAGGGGGUGACGCCACCUGUUGCAGAUGCCUCGGGUGCCUCCUCAAUGAGAGCCGCUGUCCCCACCAGCGGGAGUGCAGGGCCAGGGACACCCGCAGCUGGCCGCGAUGCCUCACAGGAGACCCUGACACCCCCUGCUCGGCCACCUCCAUCUGUCCCCGCCGCAGGUGCCGGUGGUGCCACAGCAGAGCUGGUAGCAAGGAUCUCCCCCAUCCCAUCAACCACAGAGCCAGGCAAAGGAGAGACAUCAACCGCCCACAAUGAUGCCAUCCCUUGGCAAGGGGACAUGUCCACAUCCCCACGUGAGACAAGUGUCACUGCUGGGGAUGGACCACCUAGAGCCAGUUAUGGUGCCCCUCUCCAUGGAACUGCGCUCAAUCCGGACCCAACAGYGACAGCCACUGGCAGAGGCCUCGCUGACCCUGCUGAUGAUGCCUCCUCUUCAAGCCCAGAGGUAACUGCUGCAAAGCCUGUCCCUGCUGGGUCAUUUCUAGCCCCAGAAAAUGCCACCGCUGAGCUGGUCCACAGCAGGAGCAAACCCUCCUYGAGAGCAGUGACCGGCACUGCUUCCCUGGGCACCACGAGUGCCCGGAUGGGGAUGGACGCACCGCUGUAUGCCAGCACUGCUGGAGACACCCCGUCCCAUGGUGCGACACUUCCUGAUGCUCCCAGUACCCCUGCUGGGCCAACAAGGAGCUUUUCCACAGCCUUGCACGGCGGUCCCCCUGCUGAGCCCGUCCUGGGCACGGGGUCCUCCCUCGGAAACCCCSCUGGGGCUCUGCCCACCACAGCAGCCCUUGCAGGCCCCGGCGCUGCCCUGUUGGAAGCAGCUGCAGGUGGAUCCUCCUCGGCAGGGCUCAGCGCAGCGAUGUCCUUGCCCCUUGCUGGAACCAGUGCCAGGAAAGCACAAGGAUAUGCAUCCUCUGGAGCCACGGCAACACCUUCCCUGGGCAGGUAUGGCGAGGUGAGCAGCUCCACCACAGACAUCAGCACUGUGAACCCGGUGGGUGAAGCAGCACCAGCCUUUGGGAAUGGAGCUGCUAGGGAAGGUCCAAGUGUGCUCCCUGCAGCAGUGGGCAGCUCCCCCGAGCCGGGCAUCGCGACGCCCUGGGGCACCAGCCCUGUGCCGGCUCCACCAGACCCAUCUCCCAGCACUCCCGAGCCAGCUGGAGACUCACCACAGCCACCGGCCAGCAUCAUGAGCGGCCCUGCACCGUCUAAGGUGCCCAGGGCAGGACCCAUAGGCAAGUCAGCUCUCCGCGGGUCUUCGCUGCUCCUCACGUCAUCCACAGACAUGACUGCCUCCUUUUUAGCCACCGACAGCAGUGACCCAGACCUGGGCUCUUCUGCAGCCACGGCCAAAGUCUCCGUUGGACACUCCCUGUCAGCCGGGAAGGUGACUUUUAACCCAGCCACAGCUGCUUUGGACACGGACACUGGGACACUGCAAGUGCCUCAGCGCUUCUCGGGCUUGAACAGGGGUGUCACCGAUGAGCCGGUGUCGCACACAAACCUGCAAGGCCCCCAUGGCACCAGCCCGCCGCUCACCUACCACAGUUCCCCUGUUACCCCCAUUGGGGACACGUGGUCACAYGUGGCUGACAAGGAGCUGGAAGAGGAGUCUGGAGGUCUGAGCACAGGUGGAGCAGAUGCAGGACCCAAUGUCUCUGUCCCCAGCCCUGGGAAGCUGCGUGAUCCUGCAGUGUCCCCUCCAGCCCCCAGCAGUUUUGCUCCCGCUGCCGUUGAGGCAGCAACAGCUUCUGAACGCAUGGAGGACACAACCACAGCAGCAACAACCAUCAACCUCGCAGCAGCAGCUGGCACCCUGGAGAUGGCCAGAGCCAGCAGAGCCUCUGCAUCAUCACGUGCAGGCAUCGCACCUCUCCUGGAUGAAAGUCCCACCAAAGGGCCACCUCUGGGGACAUCCCUAUCCAGCAGCACCCCAAGGACAGCAGCAACCAUGAGACAUAGCAGCCCCACCACCCUGCAACCAGCACUGGCCGGUGAUGCCCUACGUGAUGCCUMCCCCAGCCCAGACAGCACCACCACUGCACUGCCUGCAGCCUCCCCAGACAUGGCCUCGGAAGAGGACCCUGUGACCAGCAUGACCCACCUGCCACCUCGUGACACCCCGGUGCAGAGGGCAGCCAGCUCUGUGUCUCCUGGGGCUGGAAAUGCCACAAGCAAGUCGGCCAUGGGCCCCUCURCUCAUACAGACACAGCCACUUCAGAAACAGCCCCAACCUCAGCCAUGGGAAGGUUGUUUCUCGUCACCAGCGACUACGUCACCCACCCAGCUAUGRGCUGGACAACAUCUCUGCAGAGUCACUUUGGGGCUGAGCCAACACCAGAAGCACCAGCUGUGCCAGCUCUUGCCCAUGCUGCUGAUGACGCAGGGCCACCUCCCAGUGACGCACUCCCCGGGACUGAGCCACCACCGGAGCCACCCGCCCCAGGGGAUGAUGCUCCCCAAUCGAGGUCCCCAUCAGAGGUUCCUCCCUUGCCUCUCCAGGGCACUCACUCUGCUCUGCCAGUCUCAGCAGACCCCAGCCCGGUGUCACACGUGUCCAGUCCAUCCCCUGGCACCGCUGCCACCCCGACACCCCCACUGGCGUCGCUGCCAGACACCAGAAAUGCAGCCAUGGACGGAUCCAGGGACAGGUCCCAGGCAGCAGGAGACGGCAGCACCAUGCAGGCAGCUGAAGACUCCAACUUAGUUGCAAAUGCAGCAGAAGGAGGCUGGGUGAGCAGGACACUCAGUAAAAACACCUCUCCUGGGCCAGCUCCGCAUACAUCGGAUCCCUCUGGGGCCAGCGGUGCCCCUCAGCCACACACGAGCCAGAGCGGUGGCACUGCUGAGCGGGCAGCAGAUGUGUCCUACCCGGGUGCCRGGGAAGGGGCAGCAGAGCCGGCCCCAGGACUGACCCUGUCUGUCACUGUGGGGACUGAGCCGGGCACCAGCAACGCGCCCCCAGUGACACGGCCCUCCCCCGGCAGCAGGAGCACCGUGGUGGGUCUGCACUCGCUGGCAGUGCCCRGCCCCGCUGCGGAGCCCUCCAGAGCACCUUCCCUGGCGCUCAUGUCCAGCACGGCCGAGCCGGGGGACAGCGUGUCCUCCCCCGUCCCCAGCAGCACCAGCCCCAUGGUGGUGACGUCCUCCAGCAUCCCCAGUGACAGCGUGACCGGGACGGCAGUGGGGUUAAGCAGCCUCAGCGUGGCCACAUCCUCCUCUCCCACCCCAAGCGGGGCCAGCGUGGAGCUCGUCACAGCAGCCACCUCCUCCCGCAGCACCUCUCUGUCACCAGUGGAGCCCAYGCACAGCAGCAGUGAGCCCUCUACAAGGUCCUCCAGCCCGGGCAGCCACAGAGCCCAGGAYGAACCCUCGGCUGGGAUGUCCUGGCCAGGCACAGCCGCAGCAUGGACAGGUCCCCGCAGUACCACCACCCUGGCAGAGACCACCGCAUCCUUCCCGGGUCCCUCUGAGAGCAGGACUGAUGGUGCGGCAACCCUGGCCAGCAGCGAGGACACCGCUGCGUCCAUCUCCGACACCGCUGUGUCCGUCACCACCACCACCAGCGCAGAGAUGAGGACCGGCAUGACAUCGCCGUCGGCUGCCAGCGUGUCCCCCGCGCCGGGUGCUGCAGUGCCCUCCGCAGCUCCCCAGCACACUGCCGCGCUCCCACCCCUCAGCCUGCUGCCAAGCCCCGGACACCUYGGCACGGUGUCGACAGAGGAAACGUCCUCCCCACCCACCCUCAGUUCUGCCACUCAGAUGGCAAGGGACACAACAGCCCCUGGGGAGCCACCAUCACAUACGGUGUCACCAAGUGUCAGCUCUACAGACACGGCCGUGGUGACCCUCACUGCCCAGGCAGCCCUGGGCGCCUCCUCCCUGACGACAAACAGACUGAUGUCCACAACAAGCACCACAAGCUCAUUGCAUGGGAGCCCUGCCUCUGUGGAGGCCGCAGUGGGUCUGUCCUCCCCGGGGACCCGCCACCUCUCAGCUGAGACACCGCGACAGCCGACAAGCCCUGCAGACAGCGGCUCUGUGUCUGAUGGAGCAGGCGGCGCCUCUCCCGCCCGCCCCACUGCCACCUGGCUGCCACCAGGCACAGCCCCCUCUGGUAACACCGUCACCGCAGCUGGAGCACAUGGUGAGGAGGACUCUACAGCCAGCGGGACAGCCAAGACGUCAACUGCCAGAGCAGGGUUUGCCAUGGCUGAGGCCACCGGUGCCAGCCCUGCCCUGUCCCCUGCUGCAGAACAACCUGUCACGGACAGACAGACAGACAGACGUGCGCGAUCUGGCUUCGGUGGUGUUGACCGGGGAGAUGAGGGUGCAGUCCCAACUGCAACAGCUCUUGAUGGGCUUGCUGCUUCCCUACCUGUACACGGUGCUGCUGAGGAGACCRCUCUGACAGUGCCUGGUGACGCAGCGGCUGGGGGAAGCACCAGCCUGUCACCUGCUCCAUUCUCUGAGAGGGCUACAGCCRAGCCCACCACCACCACCAUGCCCACAACCGUCAGCAAAGACACCACGGCUAUGUCAUCAACAGCCCUGGCUUUGCCUGUCUCUACCCCUUCACUGACCAAAGCAGCAACCAGUAAAUCGGAGUUAAUCACAGACCGUGUCCCAGCUCAAACAGCCCCCAGGAUGGACUCUGGGGGAAACAAGCUGUCAACCAGGCUGCCUUCCUUGGUCACCACCAGCACCCCAGCUCUGGAGGGGCCAGGCCAGCUCCRGACCACACCUGAGGCAGCGACUGUGGCAGUGGGAGCAAGAGAUGUAGGUGUAAGCACCUCCCAAGCCAGCGGCACUGCGCUGGCAGCCGGAGCACCGCUGGCCGCUGCCAACAGGACAGCAGUAACCCCACACCUUGGACCCAGCACCRCUAGCAGUGGAUCAGGAACAACUGUCUUAUCUCCUACAAAGCACACCACUGUGACAGAGMCAACCGAUGGGUCCUUGGAGGUGCCUGAUCCCAGCCAUGCCAUCGUGGUGACCAGGACACCUUUCUCCAGCACGCAGAGCACAGCAGAGGAGCCAAUGACUCAGCCAUCAUCUGUUCUUGGUGACAGCACUACCACAGAACCAGCACCAUCCCUGGCAGUCGGAUAUGCCGCACCCAAGCCAACAACAGGCUCCUCUUCUCCCAUGGCUGUCAACAACUCUAGCCCAGACCAGGCAUUGAGCACGUCACCUCCUGUCACCCAGAGAUCCCAGGGACAACCUGUCUCGGGGGAGAAAACAACUGAACCUGCCAGCAGCAGCUUAGCCACCAUCGUUCAUGACAUCCCAGAGAGGUCAACAAGCCGAGUUUCUUCUCCUGCUUUUGCCACCAUGACCAGCCCCAUUGACGCGCACCUGGGAGACAGCACAGCUCUGCCCAGCUCUCCUGGUGCCCCAAGCAGGCUGGUGCUACCAACGGCUUCCCCAGAGCCUGGGGCCACAGGCAGCACUAUGACAAGUCCCCUUCACACCCCCAGUGAUGCCUCAGCCAACGCAGCAGCCACAGCAGCCUCCGCUGCAGUCCUGAAUAGCAAUGCAGCAGGGACAGCCAGGAACGAACCCCAAUCCGGGGCGCUCCCCACACUCGCCAAGGGCCUCACCACCCCACAGGAGGGUUUGGGGACUUUCUCUGUCCCUGGCACCCCUUCAGCUGUGGCUGUCCCUGCUCUGGGUGGCCAGGCUGGAUCGCAGCCUGCAUUCACCACCGUGUCCAUCCUUCCUGUCUCUGCCGCCAGUCCAGAGCCAGAUACCAUGGACAAAACCAGCCCCUCACCAGCUCUGCUCGUGUCAGCAGGAGCUGGAAGCGGAGUGGCCAAAACAGGGCCCGCAGAGAGCGUCACCCCAGCGGCUGGAGCCAUCGUGGCCAUCUCGCCACGCACCGUGCUGCCUGUCACGCCCACAAGCCCAGCGCGUCCGGCCGCGAUGCAGGGCGACUCGGAGGAGGACGGGGAAUCCCUCCUGGGAGGCAGCACCACAGCACCGCACAAGCCACCAGCAGCCGCCAGCCCCACCACGGCUCCUGCCUUUGGGAUGCAGAAAGGACCAGCCACGGCCCCCAGGGCCUCUGCCCACGCCAUCCCUAGCCACGGAGGUCCCAUGGUUAYGUCUCCGUCUGAGCCCCGGCCCACCCUGGGGCUCAGCAUUCCAGCUGUGUCGCUAUACCCUUACGGCACGGAGGGAAAUGACAGAGGAUAUGUUGAAAGGAAGGAGGACUUUAAUUCCCCACUGUUCAAGCCAGAGAUUGGAUUCCCUUUUGGGAAAACACUGCGUGACUCUCUCUAUUUUACAGAUGACGGACAAAUCAUUUUCCCACCUACGGACAACUAUGUCCCCUCCAACCCUAACCCACCUCCCCACGGGUUUGGUGGCCAGGAGAGUUUGCCAAUGGUGGCUGCAUUUUGGGAUGAUGCGGAUUUUUCCCAGGGAGUCGGCACCACAUGGUACCAGGAAUACCUCACUCUUGGGUCUGCCCAAAAUGCCCUUGUCCACGACGUGGAAGCAAAGAUYGAGAGAUACAUGAACACCUCAUACACAGCCAAAUGGACCCUGAAGGUGACAUGGGAGGAUGCUCCAGCGUACCCAUCCCGGAGGAACGACACAGGGACAAACACGUACCAGGCGGUCCUCACCACYGAUGGGAACCAGUCCUUCGCCCUGCUCCUCUACCAGGACGGUGGCAUGCGGUGGGAUUUCACCAAGCUCGCAGCAAGGAACGUGCUCAUGGGCUUUUCCAGUGGCGACGGAUAUGCAGAAAAUAACGAGCUGAUUCAAAAGGCACCAGCAGUUAAAUACCGGCCUGACCAGUACAGAGGCUACAGCACCGGUCCACGUGGGUUCUGGAUCUACAAGCUGGACAGUCGUCCCCGGGUGAACUACAGGCUGCGCUGCCUCACGUGGCUGGCGGCACAGCCGGAGCCGUCCAGCUGGAAUGGAGAGCUGCUGCCGUGCCCCUGCUCACGGUCCCAGGCAGAGCUGGACCCCCGCUACCGGCAGAGCAGAGACUUGGUAGAUGCCUCYGUGACCAUGCUGCGCACCUCAUCCCCGAGCCAGACAGGAGCGGGGGUCCGAUGUCUUUAUCRGAAUGAGAGUUUUCUCCAAGGCUGGCAGGAGAGGGUCUGGAGCCUUGCCCUCAACCCCACCACCGAUGAGGAGCUGGAGGCCUUUGACUGGUGCUGCCAGCGAGUGGGGAAGCCCCUGUUGUGCACCAGGUUUGCUGAGAAGAGACCCAGGGCCAGCUGCGAGGGAUACGUGCCACCCGCCCCUGCCAGUGCCUUUGGGGACCCCCACAUCACCACCCUGGAUGGGUUCACCUACACCUUCAAUGGGCUCGGUGACUUUGUCCUCCUGAAGGCCAGCGAUGCCCGGACCAGUUUCACCCUGCAAGGGCGCACAGCCCRGACUGGCACAGCCCAGGCCACCAACUUCGUGGCUUUUGCUGCCCAGUACAUCUCCACCAACACCACAGUCGUUGAGUGGACCCUGGGAAGCCAAGGUGAUAUCCAGCUCCUGCUGAAUUACAAGCCCGUCCUGUUUUCCUACUCCAAAGAUAUGGAUGCCAAGGUAUACUACAACCCCGGUGUUCUGGUGGUCAAUGCCUCCUCCGUCACAGCUGUCUUCGACGGGGCUGUUGCCAUCUCUGUCUUGGCCACCUCCGGGAUGCUCAGCGUGGUCUGCACCCUGCCUGAUCGGUAUCUCAACGCCACCAAGGGCCUGCUGGGUGUAUGGGACCACAACACUGCAGAUGACUUCCGAAUGCUGAAYGGCACCAACAUCCCCACAAACAGCAGUGAGGAGGAGAUCUUCAGCUAUGGCAUGACCUGGGCUGUUGGAGAGCACAGCCUGUUUGCUGAGCCGCUGGCAGCUCCRGUAACGAACUUCACGCCUGUCUUCUUGUCUCGGCUGCGGCAGGAGAACGAAAGCCAGUACCAGCUGGCAGCCUCGCGGUGCCACGGGGGCAGGGAGUGCRUCUACGACACGCUGAGCACUGGAGAUGUGGCCCUGGGCUUGGCCACCCAGAGUCUCGCAGAUGAUUUCCAGCAGAAGAAGACAGUGCUAAACACUUUUCCUCCCAUCAUCACUGGUGAUGCUUCGCUCACAGCCUACAGGAUGGAAAGGGUGACGAGGCAGUACCGAGUAGAGGGGACAGGCGCGCGGUUUGUCCCUCACAUCUCCCUGGAGCUCAACAUAACAGAGAACGGCACCCUCAYGUGGGAACCCACCAGCACAGCCCCCUUCACAGUCAGCCUGGAGGCUGUGGGGACCAACAACCUCUCCGCCAUCCUCCUGCUCAGCUUUACCCUUUGCAACUGCAGCAGGAGCCACCAGUGCGAUUACAACGACACCAGCACCGUUGGCAGCUCUUCCUUGCAGCUCGCAGCCUGCAGGUGUGAUGCAGGCUACUCCGGUCGCUUCUGCCAGGACCCACCAGACCCCUGUGCGCGGGGCUGCUUCCCCGGCGUGAGCUGCCACCCACGCACCGGCUGCGGCCCCUGCCCUGCCGGCCUCAGCGGUGAUGGGACACACUGCGCAGACAUCGACGAGUGCGCACGGCGGACGGCGUGCGUGGGGAAYGCCACCUGCACCAACACCGUGGGCAGCUACCUGUGCACCUGCGAGGCUGGUGCAGGAACAGGCUGCAUGGCCACGUGUGGGACCCACACCUGCCCRGAGGGCUUCUGCAGCAAUGGGGGCCAGUGCCACCUGGACAUGGCAACCUGCACACCCACCUGCCUGUGCCCCCCUGCCUUCACCGACCGCCACUGCCUGGUGGCAGGGGGUGAUUUUCAGCCCUUGGCAAGCCCAGACCUGCCCCGGCGGAGCGUGCGCCUGCAGGUCCGCACGCUGCAGAACGUCACCAACGGCGAGGUCAACCACACUGUCACAGCCGUCCUGGCAUCCCUGGAGGUGAAGGCUUUCCAGAGCAACACCAACAUCACCCGCAUGUGAGUGAGCUGGGACCCGAGCAACGGCUUCACGUUCACCGUGGUGUCCGAAUUCGCCUACGACAGCACCAGCACCGUGAUCCACUUCCUGAACAAGGAGCUCAGGGYGGCCAUCACCAGGGCCUUCAACAGGCCGCCCCAGCGCCGGCGACGGGCCGUGGGAGCGCGUGUCACCUUCGAGCGCCUGCACGGGGACAACGUCACCGACCUGGUGAAGCUGACGGUGCCGCAGCUGAGGCGCUACUUCCCCUGCGGCCUCUCGGGCUACAAAGGCUACCARCUGGACUACGUGCCGAGCGCCGGCUUCCUCUGCAUGUCCCCUUGCAGCAAGGGCUACUGCCAGCACAGCGGCCGCUGCCGGCACCUGCCCGACGGGCCCGUGUGCAGCUGCGCCUCCUUCUCCAUCUUCUCCCCCGGCGGCGAGCGGUGCGAGGAGCUCGCUGUGGGCCUCGGCGCCUUUGUGGGCAUCCUGCUGGGAGCGCUGGCCCUGCUCUCGCUGCUGCUCGCCGCCACCGGCCUGGCCGCGCGACGCUGCCGCCGGCACCCACACAGCGAGGGGGCCAAGGAGUCCUUCUGGAGUCAGCGACCAUUCUCCUCUCUCACCACGGUAGACGAUGGAGCAGGGCACAUCCCCUCUGAAGCCUCCGAAUGGUGCUGGGCACCACAGCUGCAAGCCAUCGACCCAUCACUUCAGAUAAGGAUUGCAAGACCCAACGUUAGGCCUCCAAGUCAACCAGCUCAACAGCCCUAGCAUGGCGCAAUCUCCACAGCCACUGACUGCUGCUGCUCCUGCUCUGACACCUCUGGCUACUUGUGGAGAGUGAGCUGCCUGUUGUUUCGCUCUCAAAAUUUCAAGAAAUAUUAUGAGCAUGGACCAGGGAUCAUGCCUCUGCCUUUUGGGCUCCAGUUGCAGGACUGUGACUUCUGGGGACAGUUUGUCUAAGGUGAUGGCUGUGGAAGGAGGUGCCUUUGCAACAGUUCRCAUUGUAGGAAAAGCUGCUUUUGAAUGAAAAAAUGUACUUUUGGGAUGAGUCAUCAAAGUGAGAGGACUCCACCUUCCACUAACAACAGUCAGGGUAGUUCU